AUGGUGGCCGCCAGGCUCGUGGUGAUCAUGGCUGAUGAGGUGGCCGCUGCAGUUGCAGCCGCUGUAGCGAUUUGCGCUGCCAAAGUCUUUGCGACUACAGCGGACGCUGCUGCUGCUGCCUUGAUAGCAGCCGCCACGACAUCGGCAGCUGCCGCAGCCGCUGCAACAGCAGCAAGCCGUGUUGUUGCGGCAACAGCCACAGCAGCAUAA